CAGAUGCUGUGUAGCCAAAAUUAAACUGUCUUCAGUGUGUCUGAUUAGUCUUCAAAAACAUUUUAUACUAUUUUGACUGUUAAUGUGCUAUGAUUUCCUUCAUUCUUGUCUUGUGUGCAUAUUUUUUGUAAUAUUCUUGCUGUUGGAUAUCUUCAUACAAACAGGGUUCUCCAGAGUUAAAGCUGGGGACAUGGCAUCUGGUGUUGGACCCAUUGAGUCAGAUGUGGUACCAGCAGAGGAUGAAGAGCUUGGAGACUUCUUAUUGCUCACUGAUAGACUCUAUGAUUGCUUCUUUGUUGUUGGGAACGCAGAUCAAGGACCCACAGAGAGAAUUGGUGCAGUGAAAGCGUGUUUGAUGAACCAAAGCCGUGUUUUUCGCAACAUGUUGCAUGACAGCCAGUUAGCUGAACGAGGAGAUAUUAUGGUGCCUGACAUACAACCUCCUGUCUUCCGCUUGCUUCUGAAGCAUUGUUAUGGAGGAUUGGAGAACUGCCGCUCCCUGACUGCAGAAAUGACUGUCAAGUUAUGCUAUGCUGCAGAGAAGUAUCUGAUUGGGUCACUCAAGAAGAAGGUAGCUGACAGGCUUAAACCUGAGUGUGCAUCAGAAAUAUUUCCCGGCCUGCACUGCCUUGUCACAUACAAUGUCACUGAACUGGAGAACUUUAUUACAGAGAUUGUUCGGGAACAGACAGACAAGAUCUUCUCAAGUGAAGGCUUCAUGGACAUUGAUGUUGACAGCAUGGUGUUUAUAGUUAAGCAAGAAACACUCAACUGCUCAGAGGUGGAGAUAUGGAGAGCUGUCAUAAAAUGGGCAAACCAUAAAGCUCAGAGCGAGGAGAGGUUAUCAGUCAGAGAGUGGAUGUCCCAAACACUAAAACACAUCCGUCUGAUGACACUGAGUUAUGAGGAUUUGUGCAAGGAGGUCCUGCCAUCAGGUGUUCUCUCAUUUGAAGAGUUCUGUCAAGUAAGUGCAAGGACUGAACAGGAGUCGGAUACAAUAUGCACAUUGAAGGAAAGCCGAGGGAUGUUUCACGAGCGCUGGAAGUGGUGGGAAACAGUGACAGUGAACCAUGAACUGAGAGAGAAGCGCUGGUCCCAGUCGGACGUCUCAUACAGUUGUCUGGUCGUCGGAGAUCGGAGCAUCAUGCUGGAGUCGGUGACGUGCCUGGGCUCAACAGCACUUCCCUUCCAGGACUGCUACGGCCUCAACUACGCCUGCCAGGCUGAGAUUGUGGUGUCCAGAAUAACUGACUAUAUUGCCAGUACACCAGCUGAAGAGCCUGUUGUUGUUAAGUUCAACGGCUCUGCCAACUACUAUGAACAGUUCACAAUGCCUACACUUAUAAAUGGCGAGAGUAUCACUCUCCAGGCUAACAGCAUGUUUAAGUUGAAGAUAUCUUUUGUGACACCAGAGAACAACCUACAUCCGUGUUGGCUUGCUCCGACCUGCAGUGAUGGUCACACGUUCAGUCACGGAAAGUUUUAUUGCUCCUAUAUCUAUGAGGAGGGUGUUGGGUGGAAACCUAGUCAUAUUGUAAAAUUUCAAUAUAGCUAUAGAAGAUGAUGAACUAAAAAUGGAAAUAUUUGAUAAGUUUAUGUACAGGUUUGUGAUUAUUUCAACUAUUAAUAAGUUGUAUAAAUAAUAUAAUUUGAUUAAUAAACAAAUAAAAUUAUAAGUACAGUGUG